GUGGAGCCGCCAACCAAUGAGGUGGGAGCUCUGCAGGAGACAGCGGCGGACGGGAGCCCUGGAGGGGCGGGGGCGAAAGGGAGAGCAACUGCAGCAUUCGGCGGGGCUGACCGGCCGCCUGGAAGUCUUCCUCGGCCCCCUGCGCUCCCCGUGUGCUCCCGCGCGCGCCUCGGCAAGCGCGCAGCUCCUCGUCGAGCAAGCCCUCAAGUUCUGAUCCAGACCCUGGGGACAGGCUCCUGGGAGCCUGAAGAGCAGCCAAGAUGGGUUUCAGUUUCUUCAAGAAACAUGCAAACCCUGAACCCAUCAUAGCGGUAACUACAGGUUCUCCAGUACCCUCUUCUACAACCAUGGCAGCAGCACCACCAGUGUCGGGGGAGAACUCAACUCAGAUAGGACCUGUGGAGAGCAAGGAGGAUGUCUUUGCUAAGAUUAAAGAAAAGUUCAUGAAUGAAAUUAACAAGAUUCCUUUACCACCAUGGGCCCUCAUUGCCAUUGCUGUGGUAGCUGGACUGUUGAUCCUCACCUGCUGCUUUUGCAUUUGCAAGAAAUGCUGCUGCAAGAAGAAGAAGAACAAGAAGGACAAGAAGGGGAUGAAAAAUGCCAUGAAUAUGAAAGACAUGAAAGGCCAGAAUAAACAGGAUGACGACGAUGAUGAUGAAGAGGGGGGAGAAGAGGGGGCAGAAGAGGAGGAGAAGGAACCAGAGAACCUUGGGAAGCUGCAGUUCUCUUUGGAUUAUGAUUUCCAGGCUAACCAGCUCACAGUAGGGAUUCUUCAAGCAGCUGAACUCCCAGCACUGGAUAUGGGUGGCACUUCAGAUCCUUAUGUCAAAGUUUUCCUUCUUCCGGACAAGAAGAAGAAGUAUGAGACUAAAGUGCAAAAGAAAACCCUCAAUCCAACCUACAAUGAGACGUUUGUCUUCAAGAUUCCUUAUCAAGAGCUGGGUGGGAAGACCUUGGUGAUGGCCAUCUAUGACUUUGACCGAUUUUCUAAACAUGACAUCAUUGGGGAAGUUAAGGUGCCUAUGAACACUGUGGACUUGGGUCAGCCCAUUGAAGAGUGGAGGGACCUAGAGAGUGCAGAAAAAGAAGAGCCAGAAAAAUUGGGAGACAUCUGUAUCUCAUUACGAUAUGUGCCUACUGCUGGGAAGCUUACUGUCUGUAUCCUAGAGGCAAAGAACUUGAAAAAGAUGGACGUUGGAGGGCUUUCAGACCCCUAUGUAAAGAUUCACCUGCUGCAGAAUGGCAAAAGGCUCAAGAAGAAGAAGACUACUGUCAAGAAGAAGACACUGAAUCCUUACUUUAAUGAAUCCUUCAGCUUUGAGAUUCCCUUUGAACAGAUACAGAAAGUGCAAGUUAUCAUCACUGUGCUGGAUUAUGACAAGCUGGGAAAGAAUGAAGCCAUCGGCAAAAUUUUUGUCGGCAAUAAUGCCUCCGGCACGGAGCUAAGGCACUGGUCUGACAUGCUGGCUAACCCACGUCGCCCCAUUGCCCAGUGGCAUUCCCUGAAGCCUGAAGAAGAAGUGGAUGCAGCUCUUGGGAAAAAUAAAUAGGCAGGUCCACACCCCAGCAUCACCUACUGAACAUUCAAGAGCUAUCAAUACCUCAGUUAGGCAACAUUUGAUUUCUGUUCUGUUUUCUGAGCUGCAGUACCCUUUCUUUGGUGGCUGUAGAGGGAUUCCGAAUGAACUCAAGAGCAUCCUGGUUGAAAAAGUUCAAAGAUACAGUGGUUCCCUUCACAUUCUUCAGAGUGGUUUGGCUGCUGCAUGUUCCUUCAUCUCUCCAUAUUGUUCUCUCCAAGCGCAAAGCAAGCUUUUUUCUUGGGUUUUCCUGAGAACUCCAUAAACAACAGCACAACAUAGCUUUGCUUUUAUUCACUGUUGGAUUUUCUUCCUUGAAUUGGAUCUUUGAAUAUUGUACUAGGAUGUUACCAGAGCCUGACCACGGAGGAAAAACACGAACCAACUCAAGCCAUCUGAACCUCAUCCAAGUCCAAUCAUCUGUGCGUACUUAUAUAUAAAAUGAUAUAGAGAUUUAUUAUCAUAAAUAAAAUCCUUUAUAAACAAUGCAUGAUGACUAGCCAGUACGUAAGUAGCAGCAUGCCAAAAGCAGAAUCUGUACACUAUGUGUGACAUCAUUGCCCAUUUUCUAGAAUACAAAACUACAGGCUACAGAGUUAUUUUUAAAAUGUGGUGUGGAUGAAUUUAUUUUAUCUAAUAAGGUAGAGAGGGUGGGGGAGGGGUUAUAAAAACAUAGGGAGAGAGAAUGGUCAUUACAAUGUACGCUUAUUUUCAAUAAAAAAAGUAAUAAUUUUUUAAAUAAAAAAAGCAACAAAGCAUGCCUGAUCCACUAAAACAUAUUCCUUGAAAGCGCGCGUGGGGGGAUCACAACACCUACAAUAUGGCAGUGAAUUUCAUCAGUGUCUUGUAAUCUACAUUUGCAAACUGUAACUUGUUCAAUUUUUACCAUGUCUUGGUAGCAGCAACAUCGUAGCUUCAAUGUUGUGUCGUGUUGAAGCAUUUCACUGUUGAAGCAAAUUUAGAAGCCAUAUUAGAUCACUGACUGCCAGAAUCCUGAAGAUGGGAUUGGCUGACAGGUGGUCCUCGGUCUCUCUGCUCUCCCUUGCUAAUGUCUUCUGUUGUCUUUGUCUCUUUUGCCAUCUGUGUCUUAUGUUAUUCCUGAGAACAUUUGUGGGUUACCGAGAGUUCUCUUGGGACUGAAGCCUUCCUUUUGAUUUGACCCUGGAUGGAAGAAGCCUCUAGGGAGGCCCUUCUUAGAUGGAGCUGUGAAUGGCAUUCUUCUGAAGCCUUUUCUGAGCAUGCCCUCAGGGCCAGCAUCAGCUGCCAGCACCUCAGGCACCUGCCAGGACCAAAGUGCCCUGGCAGGGACCACCAGUGCUGAUGUCUGUUUUCACCCACUCCUCUGGCCUUGGGCGUAUCUGAUGUUACUGGUUGCUUUGGGGAAGCUGGCUGCCAUUUACCAGACUAGCCACUGCCCCUGAAUGAAGUCAACAUGUAAUCACAGAAAUCUGGCAGAAGUGAUAGCUGGAACCUUUCUAGAGACAGCUUUAAAUCUCCUGCCAGCCUUGCUUCCUCAAAGCAAAACAUACCGUUUCGCAAACAGCAACAGGACUGACAGUAGUACCUUGCCCUUCAUUUUGUUCUUGCCAGUAGAAGAUGAAGUACAUGUAUGACAUGGAGGGCAUGCCUGUUGUCUGAUGCUCCUUUUUGUUGUAAGAAGAUCGUAAGAGAAACUGUACAGAAUGUAGCCUCAGGGAGACAGGAUCAAAGUGGCACACAAACUAUAUCACAGAUGGAAAGGUUUCAGAUGUUUGAUAUUCAUGGGCACGGUGGCAUAUCUGCCCCCUCCGCCUCCCAUUCCUGUCACGCUUCAGCCCUUCCCUGUCAAGCACAAACUUCCCAAACAAUCUGAGUUAAGUCAAGCCUUGACCCGCUUUCAGCACUAUUCGGCCAUUACUCAUCUGGGUGGAUUCAACAUGCAGGCAGGGAAGGGCCUGGCUCAUUCCUCUCUGUUGUGGCUUUGGAAAGCAACCAGCUGACAAGGAGGAGCUCUGGAAGCUUUCCCAGCAUUGUCCUCCACACAAGGGGAAGCUGCCCUCUUCAGACAUGUCACUUUCUUUCUGAAAAAAGCAAGGCCAUGGGUAGGAGUGGGGGGUGGGGAGCUAGAUGUCCCUUUCCUGAUAGUGUGGUGAGUAAUAUCUGAAUAGGGUUGUCAUCUUUUCUUCUUCCAGUGCAAUUCAUGCUCUGCAAAUCAAAUUCCACCCACCUCAUUUUGCUGUAAGCUGCUUUUAAUGCCCCUUUCUCUGCCUUUGUGUGGACUCUGUUUCUGUCUUUAUUGUUAAACUGUUAUUUUGUAAUGAUAUGUGUCUCCUUAUUAAAGAAACUAGCUGAAAGAA